UUGUAUCCCAACACUUGUCUUCAUGGAUGCACUCCUCGAUCCAGCCAUCUUCACUAGUGAUUUCUCUGAAGCAUCUUUGACUAACACACCCACCCCCAAGAAUCCAGCAACUACCAACAAACCCAUUCCCAAAGCAAGAAUGCCAGCAGCAAAAGCACCUAAGAAGAACAAGAAGGAGAAGGAGGACAAGACCCCACCUCACUCAUGGACGCACGACCAGAAAGCUCAACUUUUGGAAGGAAUCGCCGAUUGCAUCGGCAAAGGUCUGGCGACUGAUAACGGCAAUCUAAACAAAAUCGGCUGGACUACCCUUAUGGACCGGAUCAACACCCGUUUUGAGAUUGAUCUCAACCGCGAUCAAAUCAAAAAUGCGAAAAACAAGCUUCGGGAGACGUACGUUGACUACAAGUUCUUGCGCGACCAAAGCGGCUUUGGUUGGGACCCUGAGAAGCAAACUCCAACGGCUGAUAAGGCAACCUGGGACGAGCUCAUCCAGUCUCAUCCACGCCGGGGAUUCGGAAAGCUCAAAGAUAAACCAUUUCCUUUCUAUGAUCUAGCCCACCAAGUCUUCAGUGGGACCUUUGCCACCGGAGACAUGGCUGACGAAGAAGACAUGCCUGACCUCAACAACACUCCGAUUGCCGAGAUUACCCCGGUUAACCGUGCCAAGCCAGCUCAGACUCAACCUUCUAAGACCCCCAAACGACCGGCCAUGAUCAUUGAUCCAGACGAUAGCGACAACGAGGUGGAUCCAGAAAGCUCGGCCCCUCCGGUCAAGCGUACCCGAGAAGGGAAAAACGAGGCAAUCAAGUCCAGUCUUGGAGGAAUCUCGAGUGCGAUCGACCGACUUACCGACCUGAAGGAGAAGGAAUCAGCUGCAGCCACCUCUCAGUCUUGUUCCGAGACGUACUCUGAGAAAGCACUCAGCAAAUGUGCACUCAUGUUCUCAGAGAAGGUAUCGGAUGAAACCUACAUUGGCUUCAUCGAAGUACUUGAAAACGAAAACAAAGCGCGAACUUUCUUGACUUUGGCUCGCACCCGACCCGAGAAUAUUUGUGAGAUGUGGCUUCAGAAGGAGGUUUCCAAGUUUGUAAGCAUCUCCUUCAAGUCUCAGAUGUUUAAAUUGAUCUAA